CUCAGUGCCCAGGCUCGGGCUCUGGCCACGCGCUUGGAUGAUGAAGCAUCCAGAUAUGACAACGCGCAGCUGAGCCCUGAGCAAUGUGACGAGAAGUGGACAUGGUAAAGCCGGAUCCCCUCAGUUAUUGGGGAAGGGCUUCAGCUAAUGCACUUAAGUUCGCAAGAUCAAUCUCUGCUCAUAUCACUCGCAUGGGACUGCGCGAAUGAGUCCUACAACUCUACUUCCCCCCGCCUCCCACGUACGAUCAAGAAUUGUGUAUUGACACAUGACCAUGAAGUUACGCCUUCUAUCAAUGGAACAGUCAAGGCUGCUACUUUCACAACGGUUGAUUUGCAGGAGAUAUCAAAUGGAAAUGAGCUUCUGCCUGUGUUGGUGAUCGCGAUCAGAGGAACUGCCAGUACUGUGGAUCAUAUAGUCAACAUCAACAGCAGGCCACAAGAUGCGAGUCACUUCAUUAAACCUGCCUGUUUUGAGCUCGAUGAUCACUCGCCCAAGAGCAAGCUAGAGGCUCAUUCCGGAUUUCUGCAUAGUGCAUUGGCACUGGAAGCCAUCGUUUCUGAAAGAAUAAAAGCCUACAGUCGUCUCCAUGCUGACACCGGCAGUCACAUUCUCUUUACCGGUCACUCUGCAGGAGGUGCCGUAGCCUCACUAUUGUUUCUCCACUAUAUCUCAGAGGCUAUUCCCAAAAACGCAAGACGCUUCUCUUGCGUCACGUUUGGUGCCCCACCAGUAGUCACAUUACCGUUGAUGGAUGGCAUCAGGCACCGAAGAUUGCCUACAAAUCUAUGCUUCAACCUCAUCAACGAGUUCGACCUUGUCACUAGAGCAGAUAAGAACUAUGUCUUAUCUCUUGUGAACUUACUACGGUCGCGCAAUGAUCCAUCCCUUGUGGUCGCAGAUGCGGCUGCUGGAUGCGAGCAAGCUUCUGGUUCAUUCUCCGAUAACGCUGAAGGUUGCUGGCCAUUACCGCGCUCUCUUUACAGCCAUGUUGGGCCCCGUGUUAUCCUGUUCAUGCGAUUACGAAGUUCGCAGGAACACUUGCCCCGAUUAUGCGCUGCCUCGGUGUCCCGGAAAGAGUUUGACAGACUGCUAUUCUGUCGUCUUUUUGUUCAUAAGCGAAAGUACUAUGCGCAGACGGUAGGACAGCUUGUGGCUGGUCAGGCAAACGGGGUGAUUGGGGAAGCAUGAUAAUAAGAGCAUGUCAUCGCUUACAGAACCUCCUUUAAACAAAGCACGCAUAAAUCGAUUUGGCCUCCAGGCAGCACGAAAGAAUCGAAAAUGCCCUUCGAAAGAACAGGAUAAGUGACGCCAGAAAAACCUCUGCCAUCGUCGGCGAAAACGGCUACACACUAGAGUCUCGACAAGAACAAGGCUGUUUUCCACUUAUCGGAUCGAGCAGUACAAUUAACCGCCGUUUCGAGGGUCAACUCGGAAGAUUAGCUGAUUUGACAGAUGGGGUCGCAUUCUCAAAGUAUACAUUAAU